ACCUUUUUUAAGAUUGGUGUCGUAAUGCUUUUGAGAGAUCCCUGGUACAGAUUCUUGUCUUGCAACACAGUCUCUGCAGGUGCAGAAUAUUACUCCUGACAACACAAACUCACACACCACAACUGGAAGAGUCAGAUGUUGAGUUUUACAGGCAAAAAUAUGCAGAAAUUAACCGAGAGUUGGCUGUUUAAGGAGAUUUUUUUUUUCUGUUGUGGACACACACUGCUGCACACAGCAUGGUCAUGUGGCUAAAAGGUAAUAUGCAAUCAUCUCUUUGAAAUUCCAAGCAUGCCUCACAUAUCCCUGCAUUCAUCCCCUAAGGUCCCAUCUUUUAUGGAGUUGGCCAUUGGUUUUUAUUGAGUGGAUGAAUGUUCAUAUUUCUGCACCUGGACUUACAGCAGAAGGGAGGGGAGAGGAGGGGAGGGGAAGGGGGGACAGUUGGCUCACAUCCAGAUUUCACAGUGAAUGUGUUUUUUUUUUUUUUUCAGCCUUUAUUUCUCUGCAGAAAAUGCACUGCGCACCUGUUUUCCUGUAUUUCCAACAGUUUCACAUGCACAGCUAUAUAGGAGCUGCAGCGAUGUGCAACUCGGCUUCUUUUGCAGCUCCACCUGGGCUGUGAAGAAGUCUUGCUCAAGGGCACCUUGGUGUAAUGCAAAGCGUUUUUAUUUCUCCACUUUCUCCACUUGUGUAUUAACCCAAACCGCCCCCUCCUCUCUCCUCUCUCCAGCCCUGCUGCUCCCAAACACCUCCCUAGUCUGGGUUGCGUCGCACUCCCCCGUCUGUCACACCAGGCUCCGAGAAAUCUGACGUGUUUUUCGCAUUUCCUGCACCACAGUGAGACGGAGACAGAGUGCGGUGUCGGCGGGAGGCAGCCAGAGGUAUGUCCACGGGAAGCAGUGGAUGAAACCAGGCUGUGCACCGAGCAGCGGCAGCAGGAACUCCCGUUUACCUUCAGCCUACCUUACUACCUACAUACCUACUUACCGCCUGAAUCUCUGCCCUCCCCUCCGCCCCUGCUGCGGUUGUUUCCAGCCGCUGUCUGGUCGCAGCGGUCCGGCUCGAACAUCCCCGAUGCGCCGCGGCGGCAUCUGGAGCCUCCCACCCUCCACACGGUGCAAUGCAACACGGGCUACCGCUUCCUUAGAGCCCCGCCACAGCUAACGGACUUUUUUUUAACACCUCGGGAGGUAAAAAAAAAAGAAAAAAAAAAGAAAACAUGACACACCGAGUCACAUCUGGGGCCUUUACUCGUAUGUUGUGUGCGUAUUCGCGGUUGUUGGUAGCUGUGCAUGUUUCUUCCGUGCACUCCCGGGGUUAACGGUCGUUUCUCGGCUUUAUCUUUGGGAGGGUUUAUGGGCGAAUUUGUAGCAUUUUUCGACAAGUGUAGACGGUUCAAGGAAAGGCCGAAAAGCUACUUAGACCAAAAGGUUUAAAGAGGCUCCACAGUAGAAGUAGACGUGGUGCGUUUUCUCCGUCAUAUUCAGGAGUACAGUCUCUGCCUGGAGGAGCACCGGUUGAACAGAGCAGUUAUUCAGUAAAAGGAGUUCAGUUUUUUUUUUGGAAGUGGUUUAGGGAGAACAGUAGGGUGGGUUCAUCGUAAACAAAGCACACAGCUGAAGUGGGACAGUUUCACCGCGCCAUGGUGGUCUUCAACGGGCAGCUGAAGAUCAAGAUCCGCGAGGCGCUGGACCUCAAACCGACGGCUUGGUCCCUGCGUCACGCCGUCGGCCCCAAAACCCAGACCUUCCUCCUGGACACGUACAUCGCCCUGAACGUGGACGACUCACGCGUGGGCCAGACCUGCACCAAGCAGAAGAACAACAGCCCCACGUGGAACGAUGAGUUCACCACGGAGGUGCACGACGGACGCACCAUAGAGCUGUCCGUCUUCCACGACGCGCCCAUCGGUUACGACGACUUCGUGGCCAACUGUAGCAUCCAGUUUGAGGACAUCCUGCACAACGGCAGCAAACACUUCGAGGACUGGAUUGACCUGGAGCCAGAGGGGAAGGUGUAUGUUGUUAUCGACCUAUCAGGAUCUUCCAGUGAAGAUGCGCCUGUCUCCAGCGAGAAUGAGGAGCGUGUGUUUCGGCAGCGGAUGCGUCCCAGGAAGCGUCAGGGUGCCGUCCGCCGUAGAGUCCACCAGGUCAACGGACACAAGUUCAUGGCCACCUACCUGAGACAGCCCACCUACUGCUCCCACUGCAGGGACUUCAUCUGGGGCGUUUUAGGAAAGCAGGGCUACCAGUGCCAAGUGUGCACCUGUGUGGUCCAUAAGCGUUGCCAUGAGCUGAUCAUUACCAAGUGUGCAGGGAUGAAGAAGCAGGAGGACACAGUCGGGGAGUCGGUCGGGUCUCAGAGGUUCAGUGUCAACGUGCCGCACAUGUUCAGCAUCCACAACUUUAAAGUUCUCACCUUCUGCGACCACUGUGGCUCUCUGCUCUGGGGUCUGCUGCGACAGGGACUACAGUGUAAAGUGUGUAAAGUGAAUGUACACAGGCGUUGUGAGAGUAAUGUGGCCCCUAACUGUGGCGUUGACGCCAGGGGAAUCGCUAAAGUCCUCUCUGACCUCGGAGUCACACCGGACAAGAUCUCCAACAGCGCCCAGAGACGGAAAAAGGUGACUCGACCACAGCUUCCUCAGGGUCAGGACCCCCAGCAGUCUUUAUCAGGGACGCCUCAGACAGAAGACGAUCGCUCAAAGUCCGCCCCCACCUCCCCGUGUGACCAGGAUGUGAAGGAGCUGGAGAACAUCCGGAAGGCUCUGUCGUUCGACCACCGCGGAGAGGAGCACAAAAAACACCCCCUAUCUUCAGCCUCCUCUGUUGCUACGGUAACAGGAGACAGUAAUGGAGGAGGAAGUGACGGAGGCGGCGUCAGGGUGGAGGGUAAAGGAAGCCGGGAGAACGGAGAGGUUAAAAGUUACACCGCUCCGGAGGUGAAGAGGAUGAACCUGCACGACUUCGUGUUCAUCAAAGUUCUGGGGAAAGGAAGCUUCGGAAAGGUGAUGCUGGCGGAGCAGAAAGGCAGCGAUGAGGUUUACGCCGUCAAGGUGCUGAAGAAAGACGUGAUCCUGCAGGACGACGACGUGGACUGCACCCUGACCGAGAAACGCAUCCUGGCUCUGGCUAGAAAACACCCCUACCUGACACAGCUCUUCUGCUGCUUCCAGACUAAAGACCGGUUGUUCUUUGUGAUGGAGUAUGUUAACGGAGGCGACCUGAUGUUUCAGAUUCAACGAUCCAGGAAGUUCGAUGAGGCGCGAUCCCGUUUUUAUGCCGCUGAGGUCACGUCUGCUCUGAUGUUUCUACACCGGCAUGGAGUCAUAUACAGAGACUUGAAGCUGGACAACAUACUGUUGGAUGCGGAGGGUCACUGUAAGCUGGCAGACUUUGGUAUGUGCAAGGAGGGAAUCCUCAACGGCGUUACCACCACCACCUUCUGUGGUACACCAGACUACAUCGCACCCGAGAUCCUCCAAGAGCUGGAUUAUGGCCCAUCAGUGGACUGGUGGGCUCUGGGGGUGCUGAUGUAUGAGAUGAUGGCAGGCCAGCCGCCCUUUGAAGCCGACAAUGAAGAUGACCUGUUUGAGUCCAUCCUCCAUGACGACGUUCUCUAUCCCGUCUGGCUCAGCAAGGAGGCCGUGUCCAUUCUCAAAGCGUUCAUGACUAAGAGUCCUAACAAGCGUCUGGGCUGCGUGGUGGCUCAGGGUCUGGAGGAGGCCAUUAAGCUCCAUUCGUUCUUCAGAGAGAUCGACUGGACGCUGCUGGAGCAGCGGAAGAUCAGACCACCGUUCAAACCACGCAUCAAAACCAAAAGGGAUGUGAAUAACUUUGACCAGGACUUUACACGUGAAGAACCUGUCCUGACGCCGGUGGAGGACAGCAUCAUCAAGCAGAUCAACCAAGAUGAGUUCAAAGGAUUUUCCUACUUUGGAGAUGAGACUGUGGCCUAAACGUACAUACUCACACACACACAUUCACACACACACACACACACACAUGUACAAUUAACACUCCAUACACCACCACUACACCACACCUUCAAGCAAAGACACAGUAUUUAAAGAAACAGUGAUCUCCUCUACGAAACACGGGCCUCUGGAAUGAGACCUCCUGAACACUUCCUGAUUCUGACCACUCCAGGAAUUAUACUAGACCAUCUGUAUCUCUCUUUAUGGUUUCUGUGCUCGUGUUGUUUGUCCAUUUGUGCAUAUCCCAUCAAACUGUAUGCUCAAGCAGCAUGUUAAGUACAGGUCAAAUACUGUAAGAAAAAUGACCUGAUGCUCCCUCGUUUGGUCUGGAUUUAUUUCUGAUGCAAGCAGCGCGGCUGACAAAACCAAACUCUGUGUUGUCAGAGGUGUGUUUUGAAGUAGUUAUGUUGACAAAGUUCAUAGGCUGUUAGUGUGUGUGUGAAAGAGAGAGAGAAAGAGAAUGUGUGUACAAGAGUGCAUGCAUGCAUAGUUGCAUACCUCUAGAAAGAGUAAGACUGUCAUUUCUGUACAUCAUGUGCUGUAUCCUGUGUCUAUAUCUGUGUUUAAAGAAUGUUUUUCUUCCCUACAAAUGUAUGUGAAUGGAAAAAAAUCAUUGAACCAAUGAUUGUAUUUAAAGGAAAAAAAAAAGGUCUUGAAAAGUACUUAAUUCAGUAUGAAAAGUGAUGUCAAAGAGAUGCAAGAAAUCAAAGAUUUUUUUUUUUUUUUUUCUGAUGAAAUCAUGAUGAAAUUAGAGGUUUUGUCAGUGUUUUUAUUUCAAAGUCAAGAGUCAAAACUGACAAAUGUCAACUGAAGAAGACGCAACCGUAGAGGCGACACUUCGACGUUGACAUUUUGAAUUUUAGUUGAGCUUUAUUCUCAGCGGUUCUUGCCUUGUUGUGGAGAGAAGGUCGCGCAGUUUUUCCUUCUCUCUCCAUUUUUUUUUUUAGCUUGUUAGCAUUAGCGCUCCCAUGUUCCCCUUCUCCAUUAAAAAAGUAGGGCUGCCCCCGACCAAAGAUUUCCCUAGUCGACUAGUAGUUCAAGCCAUUAACCGACUAGCCGUUGCACGUUUACGAUAUUAAUUUGAUUAUUUAAAAAGAAAAUGCUUUGAGUUCCAGGGCUGUGAAAGAAUGUUAUUAGUAACAUUGUUAACACUGUGCUACAUUACAGAGAAAUACUAAACCGUAAUAAUGAGCCUUUAAAAUAUACAAGCGUACGCACGAAGCGAGCCGUCUGUUAGCGACAAUGCUAACAGCGCUAAAAGUUAAUGAUUCCGAAUGUGUCUGACCAAUCAGCAAGCAGAAUGAGUUUUUUUUUUUCAGUCCCGUGGGUCAGUUAGUUCCGUUAAAUCU